GCCAGGAAAGAGAUGCAGAUGCACCGCGCCAACUGGCUAAAGUGGGAAGCCAUGCAUCGGCUCCUGCAGGAAGCUUUGCUAAAGCCGGGCGCCGAUCCCACCCCCCAGGACAGAAAAUUCCUGGAAACCCUGGAACAGCAGCUGUUAGUAGUGGAGUUGAAACGGAUGCUUGAUCUCCAUUCGUCCCUGCCAAACGCCCGUCCGUCUGUCUUAGGCCUGGAAACCCGACAUUUAACCGAGUUCCAACCUGCUCGCCAAAACCUGGAACAAAUGCAAAAACAGCUCCCAGCCGAGGUGGAGAAGUUUCUAAAGGCCAAAUGUUUGGACGUACUCAGUUACUAUCGUCCCGAGAGCGAUAACGUUGGAGUCGCGGCCCAGACGAUAAUGCUCGGCGCCUUGGCGGAGAGCCUGGCCACCGAGAAGCAGCAUCUGAAGGAGGCCAGAGCUCAGCAGGAAGAGCUGGUCGGAUAUCUGGAGCAGCAGAAAGCGGCUUAUCCCCAG